UAGGACUAGGUCUAGGUGCGCUAUAACUAGCACCUGUCAGAAUCAUGGACUUAUUUCUGUGUUCUGUGGUAAGUAUCUGUUCCUAGAUUGUUCAAGUUUUCUUCAACCAACCGUUUGAAACGGUUCGGGUUUUGGAUCCUGAGGACAUAAUGUUCUGUUUGCGAUGAUUCUGCUGCAGUCAUGCACUAUUUAUACCAACUACAUCGAACAACAUGCUGAUUUAUCGAGGUGCGUGCUGCAAGUACAUGUACAACUACAUCCUUGGUCAUCAUAAGUGCUGACUUUGCUUGAAGUUCUAAUAUUUAGUGUGAGAUCAAAAUCAAAAACAACAAAAUGUCGGGUCUCGGACUUUACACUGGUGAUGAUUACAAACUUACCGAGGAUGAUUCCCUGUGGGACAUGGCGGAGGAGACGAAAAAGCUGGGAAACAAAUACGUUGCAGAUGGCAGGUACCCAGACGCGAUUCAGCGAUACUCCGAAGUUAUCAUGCAGGCUCGACAGAUGAAGCCUGAGGUAGUGAAAAAGGACGAAAAGGAGAUCCGCAUCCUCGUUCAAAGCUGCUACUUGAACCUGAGUAUGUGCUUCCUUUACGACGAGGAUGAGGUAGAAGAUGAAAAACCGAGUUGGACGAGUUCAACUUAUUGUAGAGAGCCUUUGAUUUGGUGGCCUUGUUGUAAUUUGAUAUGCUUCGGCUUGAUGUCCAGCGCGUUAUAAUGGGUACCAUUGUCUAAUUUUCAAAGUCGGACCAGUGGCAGCACGCUUACAACAGUGCACACAGAGCAAUCCAGGGUGAUGAGGACCCCCCGAAUCCUCAGCAUGAUGUCCUCUCACAAGCGCAGAAGGCGAAGGCACUCUUUCGGAAAUGCACUGCGGCAGUCAAGCUGAUCGAUGGUGUGGAGGACAAAGGCGCUGUUCCGCCUUCAAAUGGUGCCAGCAAUAGUGGCUCAGGUCCUUCGCGAGUUCGACCGACCCUUGAGAAUGUGGAUAAGGACAUCACAAAAGCCCUCGCAUGCGAACCCAAAGACGUGGAGUUGCUAAAACUUCAAAAGGUUUUGCUUAAACAUAACAUACUCGAGGAAUACUUCUACUUGCGUCGUUCAUAUUUUUCUUCGUUUUAUUUAGCUCUCACAUGAUCCGUCACAGCCACUCUCCGUGUCGCGUGUUUCGAGACUCAUCAUCGUAGCAAUCCUACAACGCGUCCCUCACCACUGCGGACUACAACAGUUCAUCGAAUAUCCAACUCCAAGGUAAUUCGCGAUCGGCUGAAGGAGGAGAAGCAGGCUGAGAAGGCAAAAAUGAAAGGGUUUUUAGGCACAAAGAAGGGAGCUGAUAGUAUUGGAGGCAACGACGAAAGAAAGCCCUCUGGUUCCACCGCGGGUGACGGCGGGCAAGUCACUGCCGCACCUGGCACGCAACGCCUCGACGAUGGGCUGAAUCUCGACGACCGAAAAGUAGGAGGUGACGAUGCCGAGUAUUUCACCGAGAUGAUCGGGGAGCUGAAUGAAAUGGUGCAGGAUGAUCCAGAAAAAUUCGCAGAAUUGAAGGAGAAACUCCGCCAAAGGUGUGCAGAUAAUAACGCGUUGCCAGAAGACUUCCUGAAGAGAGCGGGUGUCGACGUUGAUGGCACAGCAAAAAAGGCAGAGGACGAGGAUGACGACUAGUGAAUAAAUCGUGUACUCAGCUACUAGAAGUACGAUGAAGAGGACGACUGAGGCGGAAGCUAAUAUGGUGUACCCUGUCACUAGGAGUACAACUUGCUGGCAGUGCAGUCGACGUCAAGAUUGCCGCUUUGUACUAGCAUCUCUGUGUGUAAAGAAAAAAAAACGGUUACCUUCUCAGUGACGGUCACGAUUGUGUGUCUCCAUCGAUAUUUUCCCCAUGAUCGACCACGACCUACCAGCGCAUUAACACGAUCAGAUUUUCCAACAUUGAUAAAGCGACAGUUAGUCUAGGCGAAGUUAAUCUACUUGCGAGGCAGCGACGUGGCAGCAAGAAGCGGUAUGCUACCUGUUCUUCAGAAGGAGACUUCUUUCUAUAUCAGUUUGCUUCCUACUUCUGAUUGACUACUAUAGUCCAUUGGUGUAUUUUCAAGGUACUAGUAGUUCC